AUGUGCAGGAAAUUUGAGGAGCAAGGAGUUGAUUGGGUGUGUCAAGAUGGACUUUCGAGUUUUCAGCAGGUUGUUGGAUUCUUGUCUGUUGGUCGACCCACCUUAUGUUGGCCCAGAUUGCGAGAAUUCGAUAUUUAUCCAAAGACAAUCCAGGAUUUCCAGGUCCGGACGUUAGCUGGAGCAGUGGUAUCGAUUUUGGGAUUUCUUAUUAUGUUUGUGUUGAUCUUGGGCGAAAUUAAUCUAUACUUGACCAUUCAAACGGAUCACGAGCUAUCGGUCGACACCUCGCGCGGGGAGAAGCUGCAGAUUAACUUUAAUAUUACAUUUCAUGCCAUGCCAUGUACAAUAAUUAGUUUAGACACGAUGGAUAUCAGUGGUGAACAGCAUAUAGACGUACAUCAUGAGGUUUACAAGCAGAGACUUGAUGUAGAUGGAAAUGUGAUCCUUCUGCUUUCGCGUGCUUGUCUGAAUGUAACAAACGGUUCCGGUGACUUUACGACUCUUCGAGCACAUGCAGGAUUUGACGCCCCGCUCACAGGAGGAGAGUGCGGAUCAUGUUACGGAGCAGAAGAGUCACCCGACGAAUGCUGUAACACUUGCGACUCGGUGCGCGAGGCCUAUCGAAGGAGAGGAUGGGCUUUCGUGAACUCGGACGGAAUUGUUCAGUGCAAGACUGAGGGUUUCCUCCUGAAGAUGCAGGAAGAGAGGCACGAAGGUUGUCGGGUUGUGGGAACAUUGCAGGCAAGGUUGACAAGGGAGCAGGUCAACAAAGUUGCUGGAAAUUUUCACUUCUCUCCCGGGAAGAGCUUUUCCCAGCAGGUUGGGGUACACUUUCAAGAUCUGCUGGUUCUCAGGAAAACCGACUACAACGUCAGCCAUGCAAUCAACCAUCUCUCCUUCGGAAGAAAGUACCCCGGCCGCGUCAACCCGUUGGAUGGUGUUGUCAGAAUCUGUGAGUUCAGAUCGGCCAUGUACCAGUACUUCGUCAAGGUUGUCCCUACCCAGUACCAGUACAGGAACGGGACGAUCUUGUCUACGAAUCAGUUCUCCACCACUGAGAACACGAGACAGCUAGAGGGAUUCACCAGAGGAUUGCCUGGAGUCUUCUUCUUCUACGAUCUUUCUCCCAUCAAGGCUACUCUGGCUGAACGCAACAACUCCUUCCUGCAUUUCCUCACUGGGCUCUGCGCCAUCAUUGGAGGAGUGUUCACUGUCAUGGGUAUCAUUGACUCCACCAUCUACACGGGUACAUCAUCAUCUCGCUGCUUCCUCCUCUGA